CGCGCGCUGACGUGUCUUGAGGAAGUCGGAAGUAGCGGCCGAGAGGUCUGGGCAGUUCUCUGGGCCCCGGGUAACUUGUUUCCCUUCCUUUUCCCUCUCGAUAUGGCUGCCGCCCGGUCCUUGCUGUCCGCCGUGCUCCUGGCCGCCAUGCCGCCCUUCGGUUCGUCCUUCUACUUGCCUGGACUGGCUCCCGUCAACUUCUGUCAGGAGCAAGAGUCGGUCAACCAUAAGUGCAAGUCUGAUAUAGAGCUGUUUGUAAAUAGGCUGGACUCUGUGGAAUCGGUCCUUCCUUAUGAAUAUACUGCGUUUGAUUUUUGCCAAGAACUUGGGGAGAAACGUCCAUCUGAAAAUCUUGGUCAAGUAUUGUUUGGAGAGAGGAUUGAACCAUCUCCAUAUAAGUUUAAAUUUAAGGAAAAAGAGACAUGUAAAUCUGUUUGUACAAAAACAUAUGAUCUAAAAGACCCGAAACACAAGCAAAAACUAGAUUUUCUGAAAAAGAGUAUGCUACUGAACUAUCAGCAUCACUGGAUUGUGGACAAUAUGCCUGUAACAUGGUGUUACGAAGUGGAAGAUAACCAGAAGUUUUGCAAUCCUGGAUUUCCCAUUGGCUGUUAUAUAACAAAAGAUGGUCAUCCCAAAGAUGCUUGUGUUAUUAGUUCUGAGUUCCAUGAGCAUGACACCUUCUAUAUAUUCAACCAUGUGGACAUCAGGAUAGUGUACCAUAUUGUAGAAAAUGAAGCACCUAGUGCAAGACUAGUAGCUGCUAAACUUGAACCAAAAAGUUUUAAGCACACAAAUGUUGACAAGCCAGACUGCUCAGGACCACCUAUGGAUAUAAGUAAUGAACUUACUGAUGGAAUAAUCAAAGUAGCUUAUACAUACUCAGUUACUUUUGAGGAAAAUAAGGACAUCAAGUGGGCAUCUAGAUGGGAUUACAUUUUAGAAUCUAUGCCCCACACACACAUACAGUGGUUUAGCAUUAUGAAUUCUCUGGUGAUUGUACUUUUCCUCUCUGGAAUGGUAGCUAUGAUCAUGCUAAGGACUCUGCAUAAAGAUAUUGCAAGAUAUAACCAAAUGGAUUCCACUGAAGAUGCCCAGGAGGAAUUUGGCUGGAAACUGGUUCAUGGGGACAUAUUUAGACCCCCAAGAAAAGGAAUGCUGCUUUCUGUUUUUCUAGGCUCUGGAACACAAAUUUUAAUUAUGACUUUUGUUACUUUAUUCUUUGCUUGCCUGGGAUUCUUAUCACCUGCAAAUCGGGGGGCAUUAAUGACCUGUGCUGUUGUCUUGUGGGUGUUGCUUGGAACCCCAGCAGGUUUUGUUGCUGCCAGGUUCUACAAAUCAUUCGGAGGUGAGAAAUGGAAGACAAAUGUUCUACUGACAGCAUUCCUUUGUCCAGGCAUAGUGUUUGCAGAUUUCUUUAUCAUGAAUCUGAUUCUCUGGGGUGAAGGCUCCUCAGCAGCCAUUCCGUUUGGUACGUUGGUUGCUGUUCUGGCACUCUGGUUUUGCAUAUCUGUACCACUGACAUUCAUUGGAGCCUACUUUGGUUUUAAGAAGAACGCUAUUGAACAUCCAGUUCGUACCAAUCAGAUUCCUCGCCAGAUUCCUGAACAGUCAUUUUAUACCAAACCAUUACCUGGCAUUAUUAUGGGAGGCAUUCUACCCUUUGGAUGUAUCUUCAUACAACUUUUCUUCAUUCUCAAUAGCAUAUGGUCUCAUCAGAUGUAUUACAUGUUUGGCUUCUUGUUUCUGGUGUUCAUUAUUCUGGUUAUCACAUGUUCUGAGGCUACUAUUCUACUUUGCUAUUUCCACUUGUGUGCAGAGGACUACCACUGGCAGUGGCGCUCAUUCCUUACCAGUGGCUUUACUGCUGUUUAUUUUCUAAUAUAUGCCAUACAUUAUUUCUUUUCCAAACUUCAAAUUACGGGUACAGCAAGCACCAUUUUAUACUUUGGCUACACCAUGAUAAUGGUAUUGAUUUUCUUCCUUUUCACAGGAACAAUUGGAUUUUUCGCAUGCUUUUGGUUUGUCACCAAGAUAUACAGUGUGGUAAAAGUUGAUUGAAGAAACUGUCAUGUAGGCCUAAUAUAGGCCUUAUCAACCUAAUUUAAAAACAUGCUCUUGGAGAAGAAUUUAAGCUUUAUCUGAAGUAUUGACUUCUGUACUUUAUGAAUGAUACUGAAUAUACAUUUUCUUCCACUCAAGCAUUUGUAUUGUAACUUUGCAAACUGUUUUCACUUGGGUGUUCUUAAUGAAGAUUGAUUUAAAUAUUGUAUGCAUUUGUAAAAAUUGCUAUACUAGAAAGUUUAAAUUCUAAUGACAGGUUAGAAGUGACUGCAUUACAAAAUUUAAUGAUACAUCUACAAGUAUGGUUGUAAAUAUGAUUUUCUAAGUUUGUUGGGUGGGGUUAAUUAUUUUUUCAAAAAGAACUAGUUUCUAUCAUGAUUUCGAAGGUUUACUCAGUGUUUUUAAUUUGAAUUUUCUGUUUUACAUUGGAGCUAUGGCCAUAAAUGCUUCUCCCUUUUUUCCAUGACUUCAUUAGGUUUCAGUGAUGUGUUAGCCUUUUAAAAAAUGUGCCUCUUGGGUCUUGGAAUCUUAAUAUUCAUAAAAUUAAUAAAUACUGUACACAUUUCAGUGAUUAUUACACAUUAUAAAUACAUAAAAUUCUGUAAAUAGAAAUAUAAUAUGUUUUUAAAAUAUGUAGAUUUUAUGGUUUGUUAAAUUCUAUGUUGAUUUAAUUUUGUACAUUUGUUCCAUACUCACAAUGUAAUACUCCUCUUGAACAGCAUAAAAUGCCAUUUCUUUAACUGCCCUUUCUGUCUUAAUCCACUAGUAUAAAUAUAUUUAAAAACUGGAUAAUAUGUUGAAAGGAUCUGCCUACAUAUAAGCAAGAUAGAUUCUUCUAAACAGAUUUUAUGAUGCAUAUUAGGUAGAACAAGUUAAGGUUUUGUGCUUUUGACAUAAACAAUUAGAAUCUCUACUCACCUCACAUUAAUAAAGGGUUUUGGUUUGUUAGAUGUAGAAUUAAAAUUAAUCAACAUCUUUGGAAACUGCAAUAGAAACAUGCUUUUUGUGGUGGUGUUUGAAGUUUAGUGAUUCACCUGUUAGUAACACCUGCAUGUUUUCCACAAGAGCACAUCUGCUUCCAUGUAACUGCAUGUUUUGCACUCAGAAAUUACAAUAGCAGAAAAGAACCUAUGUUUUUCUAAUGCUCUUUCUAAAGAUCAUAAAUUAACUAUGCUUGAAUAUUAAAAUCCAAUAAAAUACAUUUUGUUAAUAA